CUGGAUCUCGAAUCGGAGCUUCACAACAUCGAACAGGGUUACAACCAGUUCCAAAAUAUUCCUGCAUUUGCCGAAGAUUCAUGGCCCAGCAAUGAUAUCUUCGCCGGUGUACAGCCAACAGCUGCUGCGCUACAUUCCGUGUCAAGUGGUACUGCUGUUGAGGAGAGUGCCGGAACUCAGAAGGGCGCUACUGGUGCCGCUGCUGACAGCGGCCCGAAUGAGUCAUCCGGCACUUCCGGACCGAGUAAAGACAGCAUCGACGAUGCUACAUUGGAACAAGUAGUGAAGAGAGGAAUCAUGACCGAAUAUGUGGACAAGAGAAGACGCAGAGAAAAACCGGACGAAGUUAUAAUCCGUGAACUCAUGCAAAGCAUCAAAGAUACUGUAGCUGCACGAACCGACCAUGGUGCUGGGAAAAGAGCUUUUAUGGAUAAUUACUACCAGAAUCUCGCUAUUGAUUGGCACGGUUCACCGGAACUUCAGUGGAGAGGUCAGUGUUGGCAGCGGAAAUGCAGUCUUUCAUUAAUCUUCAUUUGGCAGUAA